AUGUAUUGCGCAUGCAAGAUCUAUCUUAUUACAAAUUUAGUUUACGUUUGUAUUGCGCUAGAUGCUCCAUUCGAUAAUGUCAAUACAUCAAUAACAGCUGGUGCACUUAUUUGUAUCUUUGGUAUUGUGGCUAUUUUAAUUGUUGGUGGAAUAAUUUGGUACUUUCUAAAAUAUUAUAAAAAAAGACCCGCAUCAUCAGUUAUUGUUAGUAAAGAUAAACAAUCACAAGAUUUUUAUACUGAGAGAUUUUAA